GUAAGUUUUCUUUCGUUUGAUUGCCAUUAAUCCAUCUAUAACGUACGUGCCUUAAGGCUGAAACCAAAUUGAGGCACGUAACGUUAAAGAUUGAUUAAUUGCAAGGCGGGGGAGAAAUGAACAACGGCAAGGUGGGAAUAAUAUUACUAUUGUUGGUAAUGGUGGCCGAAGGAGGAGGUAUCAGGAGAGCGGAGGGGUUCGUGGGGAUAUAUUGGGGGAGAUUUUCAACGCAAAGUUUGGUGCCAUCAAUGGUGGUGGAUUUGCUUCUCCAAAAUGGGUUGACCGACAUACGACUAUCUGCACCUUCCGUCAAUGUCAUGGAGGCCCUCCAAGGUUCUUCUUUAGGCGUCACCGUCGCCCUCCAGAACGAUUUCAUCAAACGUAUGAAAUGGAACAAUAUUAAGACCAUCAACGAUUGGGUUGCUGAACUUCUUGCCGUCCCUAUUAGGAGAGGCGUAAACAUUACGACAUUGGUGGUCCUAGAAGAUGCAUAUUCGACGACGGGGAAGCGUCAACCCAUAUGGAACGCAACCGAUAUCUUCAGAGAGACAUUGAAUUGUCUAAAGAACAACGGGUUGUCCCACUUGAGGACGACCUCGUCCCACACCAUCGACAUCCUGAAAGUCGUCGGAAAGCCGUCGGAGGCAGACUUCAUCGACGACGUGAAGCCCAAAAUGAAGGAGUUCUUGACGCUGCUCCAUCAGACCAACAACUCCUUCUACCUCUACAACCUCUACCCCCUCAUUGCCGCGGAGGUCAACAGUUGGCCCGUGGAAUUCGCGUUCAUGGACAACAACUCCUCCUUCGCCAUCGUCGACGGGUCGUACACGUACAGGAAUGCGUUCGAGUUCAUGUACGACGCGCUAGUCGUGGCGAUGGAGAAAGUGGGGUUCUCAGACGUGGAGAUCGUUAUAGGGGAGGUCGGGUGGCCCACUGACGGCAUGAAGCACGCCACGGUGGAGAACGCGGAGCGCUUCCACCGUGGGUUCCUCAGACACGUCAAGCAGAAGAAGGGGACGCCACGGCGGCCGAACCGGAACAUCGACGUGUUCAUCGGAACGUUGACGGACGAGAACAAAUACCCGCCAUUGAUGGGAGCGUAUUAUCGGCACAAGGGUAUAUACAAUUUUGACGGGGCGCCAAAGUAUAAGAUUGACUUCACUGGUCAAGGACGGGACAUCUACCCUUCUACCGCCAAAGGGACGGUGAAAAUGCCUUCGCGGUGGUGCGUAUUCAACGGCGACACCAGCAACGCCACGAAAGUGGCGGAGCAAGUGGAGCUAGCAUGCAGCGCCUCCGACUGCACCUCCCUCAACCACUACUCCACCUGCGGCAACCUCAACCACACCUGGAACGUCUCCUACGCCUUCAACAUGUUCUACCAGACCAACAACCAGGAGAUCGAAAACGGCGCAUGCGACUUCUCCGGCCUGGGCGUCCUCACGCCGUUCGAUCCCUCCGUCGGCACUUGCCGUUUCCCGAUCGAGAUUCUCGCCGCCGACAAGGUCGACAACGGCAUUCAGAUCGCCAACUAUAUCGGCUACGGGGACGCUCCUCGAGGAGCCAAGCACUCGUUCGCUCUUUCAUUCUUUGUUGUCUUGUUGUUGUCGUCUUUUGUUUUAUGAAACAACUAGGUUUUUUGGCACUCAUUUUGGUCCACGCUUAUUUAGAGGUUUGUACAAUACUCUAUCAAAAUAUUAUUCUCAUUUGACUUUUCUUGGUCAAAGUUUGUAAACUUUGAUUAUGAUAUGUGAAAAAAUACAUUGUAUUAGG